AGCGUGAACGGCUCAAAUGGGCCGACCAUCUGAAAGCAAACACCCCUUCGUGGAAAACGAGCAAACGUGAUGGAAGAGGCAGGAAAGACUGGCCUGCAGCUCCUUUGGUCUUUGGGUUGGAUCGUACCAUGGACGUUGAUGGCUUCCAUCGGUACUGGCAUGCUGUUGCCCAUGGGCAAUUUCCUGACCUUGAACUUUUUCGCGCAGAGAUACACAGACCUGCCACCAUCGGAGAUCAAGUGCCAGAUAAGCACCAUGUCACCAUAUUGUCAGAUGGCUUUGGUGGACGGCAAUAGGCUCCUGACGGUUUUAGCCCUGGUGAUGCCUUUGUGUCAGUUCCUUACUUUGCCUUUGGUUGGUCUGCUCAGCGACGCUUAUGGCCGAAAGAAAGCCCUCUUUGUGGUCUUUUGCCUCUCGAAUGUGGCCUUGGUCUUCGCUGACCUCUUCAUUUUCUUCAAUGUCAGCUUCUGGUUUGUCAUCGCCUGGCAGCCCUUCAUGAACACGCAAGUCUGUACGACGGUUCUGAAUGCCGCCUGUGUAGACCUUCUGAGACCUCAAGACCGUGCGGCAGGAAUGGGAAUCAUCAGUGCGUUGGACACCAUUGCCUAUGUCAUCGGCCUUUUGUUGGGCUAUCACUUGGAAAUGAAGCAAACUUACAUUGUUGCGACAUUUGCCACGUUGAUCACCGGAUUUGUCUUGGUCGUUUUCUUCCCUGAGACGUUGCCACCUGAGAAACGAUCCUUCCAGUUGAGCGCACGGAACUUCGUGCCCUGGGACUCCAUGCCCAUUCUGUGGAGGACCAAAACUUUGAGAAACUUGUCCAUAGUGACAGCAAUCGCUGCAUUCAUGGAUAGCAGCACCAACCGCAUGAUGGGCACCUAUUAUCAACGGCGGAUGAAUUGGUCGGCACACGAUGCCUACAUUUUCGAAUUCUUUUGGGAUAUGAGCAUGAUCCUUUGGAUGACCCUCUUCUUCUCUUGGAUCAUUUGGUUUGUCGGCGAAGUGGGCGCAAUGGCCUUCGGGAGGUUAAUGAGCACCGUUUACACCCUCAUUGCUGUGGGCCUUGUGCGACCAUCACAAGCCUUCGUGAACUGUGCGAUAUGCGCUGGGCCUAUGACGUUCGCAUUACCUGCAGUCGCCGGAUUGAAGAGCCGCCUCGUGGGUGAGGAAGAGCAGGGACGGAUGCAGGCCGCGAUUAGCACUGUUUUCACUGUUUCAGGGAGCAUUGGUUCCUUGCUGGGUGGCUUUAUGUUCGAAAAGCUCGGGAAUGUCGAUGAGAAUGGGCAAUUCUCGAGGAUUUUUGAACUCGGGCAAGCCAUGGUAGUCGUGAAUUUGGUUGGCGCCUUUCUUUCUGCAUUUCUCUUUUACGACCUCUUUCAGAGAACACGGCACUUCAUCGGAAAGCCAUCAAGCCUUGAAGAUGGACAAUCCACCAGGGUAGCAGAAGAGAUGAGUCCGGAAGAUUCUACCUAUGGGAGCAUGUCUCAGCAUCAAUAAUCUGAGUGG